CACAAGUGAAAGUAAUUGGUUAAUGGUUGGAAGGUCUAUUUUUCUAGCUAUAAUCCAACUCAACUUCCAUAUUCUGCAAAAGUUUCACCUGAGUUUUGUGUUACACCGAACAACUUGAAAUAGGGUUUUCAUUCCCAAAGUCUCAGCAGAAUCAAGGGACCAUGGAACUUCCAAAUCAAGCACCGGAAGAAGGAUCCUCACAACAUCAUCAGAAGAAGAUGGGAAGAGGCAAGAUUGAGAUCAAGAGGAUUGAAAACACUACCAACCGCCAAGUCACGUUCUGUAAGCGCCGCAACGGCUUGCUCAAGAAAGCUUAUGAGCUCUCCGUCCUCUGUGACGCCGAGGUCGCCCUCGUCGUCUUCUCCAGCCGCGGCCGCCUCUACGAGUACGCCAACAACAGUGUUAGAGGAACUAUCGAAAGGUAUAAGAAAGCAAGUGCUGCUUCCUCAAACACAGAAUCUGUAUCUGAAGCUAAUACACAGUUUUAUCAGCAAGAAUCGUCCAAACUAAGAAGACAGAUUCGUGAUAUUCAAAAUCUAAAUAGGCACAUCCUUGGUGAAGCUCUUAGCUCCCUGAGCCUCAAGGAACUAAAGAACCUUGAGAGUAGAUUGGAGAAAGGUUUAAGCAGAGUUCGAUCUAGAAAGCAUGAAACGUUGUUUGCUGAUGUGGAGUUCAUGCAAAAGCGGGAAAUUGAGCUGCAAAACCAUAACAAUUAUCUGCGAGCUAAGAUAGCUGAACAUGAGAGAGCACAGCAGCAGCAACAACAGGAACAAGAACAGCAGAAUUUGAUGCAUGGGAAUAUGUGUGAAGAUCAGUCCACCAUAGCGUCACAAACAUAUGACAGGAAUUUCUUCCCAGUAAAUCUCUUAGAUUCCAAUAAUCAUCAAUAUUCACGCCAAGAUCACACUGCACUCCAGCUUGUCUGAUAAUAUGCUGGAAACUAAAGCCUCUGGAAAUUAUGCUAUAUGGUUUUCAUUUUAUCUAUCAUCUAUCUGAAUAAUUGCAAGUUGGUGCCUAUAAUGGAUACUCCAUAC